AUGGCCCUAAGAGCUUCAGCCACUGUAAGAUCGCCCACUCUUCCAACAUCUCCACCACCCCGCAAGUCAUUUUCUUGUUCUAAACUCACACCAAAAUCUUUGUCUCCCUCAGCCAAAACUACUCUGCCACUAUUUGUGCUCUUCACAGUUCCUCAUGAGGCCAAUGCUCUUGCUAUUUCUAAAGAACAGAUUGUCUCUUCUCUCGACCAGGUGGAGUCGACAAUCAAUCAAGUUCAAGUAGUAGGAUCCAACAUUUUUGAUGUUGCAGGGCAGGUAAUUGGAGGUGUGUUGGAAGCUGUGAAACCAGGAGUUGAUGUGGCAUUGCCUAUCCUAAAGGAAGCCGGAGAACAGGCUGUGAAGAUUGCAUCUCCUGUGGUUUCUGAGGUAUCUAAGAAAGCCCAAGAGACAAUGCAGAGUUCUGGCAUUGACACACAGCCAGUUAUAAGUGCAGCUAAGACAGUUGUUGAUGCUGCACAACAAACAACAAAAGUUAUUGAUGAGGUGAAACCUAUAGCCACUUCUUCUGUUGAAACUAUCUCAUCAGCAGAUCCUGUCAUAAUUGUCGUGGCUGGUGGUGCAUUAUUCCUUGCAUAUCUCUUACUUCCUCCCGUCCUUUCUGCCAUCUCUUUCGGCUUUCGGGGUUACAAGGGUGACCUAACUCCUGCUCAAACUCUUGAUCUGAUGUCCACAAAGAAUUACCUUAUGAUCGAUAUAAGAUCAGAGAAAGACAAAAACAAGGCUGGUGUUCCUCGCCUUCCCUCCAGUGCUAAAAACAAAGUGAUAUCGAUCCCAAGGCCUAAGGUGAUGGCCCUAAGAGCUUCAGCCACUGUAAGAUCGCCCACUCUUCCACCAUCUCCACCACCCCGCAAGUCAUUUUCUUGUUCUAAACUCACACCAAAAUCUUUGUCUCCCUCAGCCAAAACUACUCUGCCACUAUUUGUGCUCUUCACAGUUCCUUAUGAGGCCAAUGCUCUUGCUAUUUCUAAAGAACAGAUUGUCUCUUCUCUCGACCAGGUGGAGUCGACAAUCAAUCAAGUUCAAGAAGUAGGAUCCAACAUUUUUGAUGUUGCACGGCAGGUAAUUGGAGGCGUGUUGGAAGCUGUGAAACCAGGAGUUGAUGUGGCAUUGCCUAUCCUAAAGGAAGCCGGAGAACAGGCUGCGAAGAUUGCAUCUCCUGUGGUUUCUGAGGUCUCUAAGAAAGCCCAAGAGACAAUGCAGAGUUCUGGCAUUGACACACAGCCAGUUAUAAGUGCAACUAAGACAGUUGUUGAUGCUGCACAACAAACAACAAAAGUUAUUGAUGAGGUGAAACCUAUAGCCACCUCCACUGUUGAAACUAUCUCAUCAGCAGAUCCUGUCAUAAUUGUCGUGGCUGGUGGUGCAUUAUUCCUUGCAUAUCUCUUACUUCCUCCUGUCUUCUCUGCCAUCUCUUUCGGCUUUCGGGGUUACAAGGGUGACCUGACUCCUGCUCAAACUCUUGAUCUGAUGUCCACAAAGAAUUACCUUAUGAUCGAUAUAAGAUCAGAGAAAGACAAAAACAAGGCUGGUGUUCCUCGCCUUCCCUCUAAAAACAAAUUGAUAUCGAUCCCUUUAGAAGAAUUACCUAGCAAAAUCAGAAGCCUAGUAAAAAGUGUGAAGAAAGUGGAAGCUGAAUUAGUGGCAUUGAAGAUCUCUUAUCUGAAGAGAAUUGGUAAAGGUUCCAACAUUGUGAUAUUGGACUCGUACUCAGAUUCAGCUAAAAUAGUUGCUAGAGCACUAUCAAAUCUAGGCUUCAAGAAUUGCUGGGUUGUGAUCGAUGGCUUCUCUGGAAGCAAGGGUUGGUCGCAGAGCCGAUUAGAAAUAGAUUCGUAUAAUUUAUCUUUUGCUGAAAUCGUGUCGCCAUCACGAAUCAUCCCUGCAGCAUCUAAACGCUUUAGUACAUCCAAUUCGUCCAAAUUACUUCGUGGCGGCGGCAGCUUAGAGUAA